AACUCCGGGUGCGGAUAAGCUUUUUACCCCUGGCAGUACCUGCAAAUGGGGUUAACCGACAUUGUGAUUGCUGAAUAUUUACCAGCAAAGUUCAAAACUGUCUCCAUUUUGGUUACAUUCUUAGUCUCAAUGAUGCUUAAAAACAUCAAAUUAGUAGAUAUAAACAUACAUUGAUAUUUUUCUCUCUUCGUUAAUUCUUCCUUAAACUUAUUUAAAUUAAAUUGCUUAAUACUUUCUUGAUUUCCCAAUUCGGAGAUUCAAUAAUUAACACAAAGGAGCUUAAUCAAGGCUGUCUACAUCACACACUUGGGGUGCGGCCCUUCCCCGAACCUUGCUAACGCGGGAUGCUUUGUGCACCGGGCUACCUUUUAUUGAUAUAGCUUAUACUGGCGGGACAAUCUUCUAUGCUGGACUCUGCCAUCUCGGUUGGAGUUUUAUUGUAGUUGAUUGCACAAUUAUAAAGUUUGAAUAUGUGGAUUUGAUCCAUAUAUUCCUUUUUCUUUUUUAUUUGAGCCCGCAUUAGAAUUCCAUAAUUUGAAAGAUCCCUUUUUUGCUUUUUUUCUGAAAACAUGUUGCAGGAUCUUCUGUUCUUCAAUGUGUAUCAAUAUAUGUUGCUGCAUUUACUUUAUAUCUUGCUAUUUUUGCCGUCUUAUUUUUCUUUUGAGCCGAGGGUCUACCAGAAACAGCCCCUCUACCUCACAAAGGUAGGGGUAAGGUCUGCAUACAUCCUACCCUCCCCAGACCCCACUUGUGGGAUUACACUGGGUAUGUUCUUGUUGUUGUUGUUGUUGUUGUAUGUUGCAGGGUCUUCCCGCGUUAAUAGGGUCCAGGGAAGGGUCGCAUCCCGGGGGUGUGAUGUAGACAACCUAUCCUAAUGCAAGCACUAGUGGCUGCUUCCAAAAGUAGUGUGGCUGCUGGGAUCAUAUCUACAGUACUUGUUAAUUAUCAUUUAAUUGGGGUGUAACAUGUCCCAUCAACAAGGAGAUGAUGCUGAUUACGUAGCAGAUGAAUAUGAAACAGAAGAACUAGAUGAUAGUGAUGAUUCAGAUGGCAGAGACUGGGAUAGCUCUGAUUCCGAUGUAGAUGACUACAUGAAUAAUAGCAUGCUAGAUAUUUCGGCUGCUGACGUGAGGAGAGGCAAGGACAUUCAAGGGAUUCCCUGGGGAAGGUUUAACAUAGUGACCAGGGAGAAGUAUAAGCAAAUAAGACUAGAGGAGUAUAAGAACUACGAAAAUUUUCCUCAAUUUGGUGAGAUAUCAGAGAAGGAGUGCAAAACCACAAAGAAAGAGGGUUCAUACUAUGACUUCAGACGUAAUUCAAGAUCUGUUAAAUCAACGAUUCAACACUUCCAGCUGAGGAAUUUGGUCUGGGCAACUUCUAAGCAUGAUGUGUACCUUAUAUCACAUUUUUCUGUCAUUCAUUGGUCAUCAUUGACCUCCACGAGAACUGAAGUUCUGAACGUAUCAGGUCAUGUAGCGCCGCGCGAGAAACAUCCUGGAAGCCUUUUAGAGGGAUUUACACAUACCCAAGUAAGCACCCUUGCUGUGAAAGAUAAGUUGCUUGUUGCUGGUGGAUUUCAUGGAGAACUUAUCUGCAAGUAUUUGGAUAAGCCUGGAGUUUGUUUUUGUUCGCGGACAACAUGUGAUGGUAAUGCCAUUACCAAUGCCAUUGAGAUUUACAACACUGCCAGUGGUGCACUUCAUUUUAUAGCUUCAAAUAAUGAUUCUGGAGUUAGAGAUUUCGAUCUGGAGAACUUUGAACUGUCCAAGCAUUUCCGUUUUCCCUGGCCAGUGAAUCAUACGUCACUCAGUCCCGAUGGUAAGCUUCUCAUAAUAGUUGGGGACAAUACUAAAGGUAUAUUGGUUGACUCCACGGAUGGAAAGGCUGUUGCUCCUUUGUGUGGACAUGUGGACUACUCAUUUGCAUCGGCAUGGCAUCCUGAUGGCUUAACAUUUGCAACUGGGAACCAGGAUAAAACGUGCAGAAUAUGGGAUAUUCGGAACUUGUCCAAGUCUGUCACUGCUUUGAAGGGUAACCUUGGAGCUAUUCGGUCAAUCCACUACACUUCUGAUGGCAGAUACAUGGCUAUGGCAGAGGCUGCAUAUUUGGUUCAUGUUUUUGAUGUAAAAAGUGGGUAUGAGGUGGAGCAAGAAAUUGAUUUCUUCGGUGAGGUAUCAGGAGUGUCUUUUAGUCCCGAUACAGAGUCCCUUUUCAUUGGGGUGUGGGAUCGUACAUUUGGCAGCCUCCUCGAGUUUGGACGACGCCACAACUAUUCAUACCUUGAUACAAUAAUAUGAACCAGUAGCAUAUUCAGCAGAGGUAGAAGUGGAUUUAGGUGCAUAUUUGUUGUAUCAUGCUAUUUAGGUCCCAUAAGAAAUUGUGCACAAAGACGAUGUAGAAUGGUGUGACAUACAGAAAACUAGACGGUCUCCCGUCAUUUGAACGAUAAAACUGAGGUGGUCUCCUUUCACAGGCCCACCAGUCUGACCUUGUUAGGAUUUUCCUUGUCUGAGGACUUAUUAACUUUUUCUGAGACUAGAAUCAAUUGCAUAUGUAUGUUGAUCUGCAUUUGUCACUAUUGAUUUGUGUUGUCCUUGUUCA